AAUAGUAUUAUGAGGGAACCGUAUCUGAUAGUUUAGUGAGACUAUUAACACACCAAUAAAUAUGCAAAUUAGGAGUCUGGUCCAAGCCUGGAAAGGAUUGGUUGUAACUUGAUUAGCCAAGACCCAGACAUUUGAAUCACUGCCUUCUAUGCCCAAAUAAAAAAAAUAUUGUGUGCACAUGCUCUCCUUCAUCAGAGGAACUGCGUAUGUCCUCUUGACGUCUGUCUGGCCUGACAUGCAUACCUUCAUUAUCUGCUACUGUUUCCCAACCCUCAGCGCCCUUGCCCCUCACUUGCCUAUUUCUGGACAAUGAGGCUGUCACUGGAAGAGAUAACGGAGCAAACCAGCUCACUGCGGCAUUCUGCUCUCUGGACAGGACCAACCCCUACUGUCUGACUCUCACCAAUACUGGUCUUUCUUGAUCCGAGAUUCUUCCUACUCUGCCUUCUACCGCUUUCAUUGAUCUAAGAGUCUAGAGGCUUGUGUUUUGCGGAGGCCUAUUGAGGACCACUGUUCAUCAUGGGUUCUGUGCGGUGUACACCACCUGUCCCACUCCCCACAAACCUACCUGUCCUAGAGGCCAAAGUAGAUAACUUGACUCACAAGUUGGAUGAGCUCCUCUCCAGACAAAUAGGUUCCUGCUCCGUCUGCUCCACCUGCAGUCUGCACAGCGGCCAGCCAGAGGCAACAGAAAGGCAGCUUGUGGCCCAGUCCAGGCUGCUAGAGAACUUUGAGAGGAAGAUCGGUGAGAUGCAGAGGACCUUAGAUGCCCUGGCCAAAGGUCUGGAGCAAAGGAACCCCCACCCCUGCCAGGAAGCUUCCCCAGCCCCACCCAUUGAGCCAUCACCUAGGACAGUAUAUCUGCCAGCCAGGACCUCACUAGUCACUUCUAAGGAUGAGAUCCCGGAUCAGUUGGAGACAAACAGACAGCAGGAUAAGACACAACACACUCCUACCACCCCAGCAAAGAAAGAGACAGAUGCAAAGAAAACAUUGACACGGCUGGCAGUAGCAGUUUUCCCAUCAAUGGCGCACACUCAAAAGAUUUUGACUCAAACAAGGACCACAGUGACGAAGAACCAAGUGGUGACAUCCAUCGAGGCGUCACUUAGGACAGCAUCUCUGCCAGUCAGUGAUUCAUUAAGCACUGAAAAGGCUGAGACCCAGAAUCAGUUUGAGACGAACAGACACCAGGAAACAAAGCAACAGACUCCUAUCGCUCCUGCAAAGAAAGAGGUGUCUGCUGGUAUGGGAGCAGAGCAAAGAGAAUGUGUUGGAGAGCAGUGGAUUGGAGGGAACCAGCAGGGGGUCAGAGGUCAACCAAUGGCAGCAGAUUCCCACAGACAGAGUGAAACUGAAAGGGGUGGGAUGAGAGAGGUUCCAGCUGUAGCGGUUGUCCCAUUAAUGGCGGACACUCCAAAGACUGAGACGAGGACCACAGUGACGGAGAACCAAGCAGCUGCUCCAUCAAGUCCCGCCCCCGCACCACAAAAGCCGUCUGGGUUGGCUGUCCUUAUGCCAACCGUGGAGAGCUCCUCCCUUAGACAAGUGCACAGCUGUCCAGAGUCCUUGCAGAGGCUCCAGAGCUCAAGGCCCAAGCCCCAGUAUGUCUGCCCUGCCCGUGGACCGGCUGUUGCGAAGACCUGCAGUGUGUUGGGAGGGGCUAGUCCAGUUGCAGCCAGUGGAAUACAGAUCAUAGUAGUCCCUACUACAGCAGAAAGGACCCGGCCCAAGUCCCAUACCAAAACUUGCCAUAAGGUCAUAGAUGACGUUCCCCCCCAGCCAGCUCCUUUCCUUCACCGCUGUGUGUCGUUGCGAUCCAACCCCCCAUCUGACACCUUCGUCAUCCACACCAGAGAGGUGCUGGGGAGCGGACGCUUUGGCAAGGUGCACAAAUGCACUGAAAAAUCCUCUGGACUAAAGCUCGCAGCUAAGAUAAUCAACACACGAACUGCUAAAGAAAAGGAAAGGGCAAAUAACGAGGUGCAGGCAAUGAACCAGCUGAGUCAUCCCAACAUCCUCCAGCUCUAUGAUGCCUUUGAGACCAAGCACCAGCUGGUGUUAAUUCUGGAAUAUGUUGAAGGCGGGGAGCUGUUUGACAGGAUUGUGGAUGAGAGCGCACCACUGACCGAGGUGGACGCCAUGGUGUUUGUCAAGCAGAUCUGUGAAGGGGUCAGCUACAUGCAUCAGAUGUACGUCCUCCACCUCGACCUGAAACCGGAGAAUAUCCUUUGUGUGAAUCGAACUGGCCAUCAGGUGAAGAUUAUCGACUUUGGGCUGGCAAGAAGAUACAGGCCUCGGGAGAAGCUCAGAGUCAAUUUUGGAACCCCUGAAUUUCUGGCCCCAGAGGUGGUCAACUUUGAUUUUGUGUCCUUUCCCACAGACAUGUGGACCUUAGGGGUCGUCACUUAUAUGCUUCUAAGUGGCCUUUCACCCUUCCUGGGUGAUGAUGAGAGCCAGACCCUCAACAACGUCCUCUCUGCCAACUGUUCUUUUGAGGACGAGGCCUUUGAGCACAUCUCAGCUGAGGCUAAGGACUUUAUCUCCCACCUUCUGGUCAAGGAGAGGGGAGGGCGAAUGAGUGCUUUACAGUGUCUAAGACAUCCGUGGCUCAACAACAUUGCAGAGAAGGCCAAGGGCAGCAAUAUAGUACUGAAGUCCCAGGUCCUGCUGAAGAAAUACCUGGCCAAGAAACUAUGGAAGAAAAACUACAUUGCGAUAGCGGCAGCCAACAGAUUCAAGAAGAUCAGCAGCGGUGGGGAACUGACCUCUCUGGAUACGGAGACGGAUACAGUACCUAUAGCAACGUAACAAUGUCACCCAUUAAUACAGUACCUACACUGCCGCCUUACAAUGUCACCCCCUGUGAAAUCUGUACUGACCUACGCUGGACAAACUGCAUACUUGUAAAGACCUCCCACAUAAUCAGUCAGAGAAGGUACUCUUGUCAUGGUCUGUCUGUGUAAACAAAACAGGACACAGUGUGUGAAUAAAUAGUGGCUACACAACAUAAUUUCA